AUGUCUGCCUCCCCCUCCCCCGCUUCCUCCUUCUCGGAGCGUGCGGAGUCGUUCGUCGACGCCGUGCUAAGCACGGCCGACGACGGCUCCGCCGCUGCCGCUGCUCCUGCCCGCGCCCCCGCUCCCGCCCGCGCCCCCGCGACCGCGCCCACCGCCGCCGCCUCUGCCUCUGCUGCGCUGGCCGCCCUCACGUCGCCCUUCCGGGUAACGACGCCGUCCCCGCCGCCGGCCGUGACGCCCGGCCCCUCUGCCCCCGCCUCCGCCACUGCCACCCCCAAGGCCGGCGCGCACGGGCAGGCACGGGGGGCUGCCAAGAAGCGCCUUACCGCCGCCGCCGCCGCCUACCGCAAUCUCCGCGCCCUCGAGCGCUAG